GAGUGUUUGAGAAGAGUCAAACCAGUCUGGCAAGUUUUACUUUCUCCUCAACACAAACACACGCGUGCACCAUCUGCCUUGCUUUCUUUCUGCUCUCUGACACACAAAAGACAUUACUGAAUGAAUUCAGUCUCUGUCCUACCUGAAUUAAACUUUAGAGAUUAGAGGGAAAACCAGCGCUGUUGAGUUUCCUGAAAAAGUCACAGACAUUAGCCUGGAUCAUGUAGAGACAUGCCGUAUCCUGUCCCUGGAAUCUGACUUAAAACAUGAAUCCAGUGUCUCCAAUGCAUUAAUGUGGAAGUGUACUCUGCCUGCAAGCCCAUUCAUCUACUUCUGAACAAACCAGUGCCAAGGAUGUCAACUGACACUCUCCAGCCAUCUUCACGGAGAAUAAUAAAGCUGGCUGUAACUCCUGCCCCACCAAGUCGCAACCCAGAACUCGGCUGUCCAGUCAAAUCAUCUCCAGGGAUACGCAAACCAAGUGCGGUGGAACGUUUGGAAGCAGACAAGGCCAAGUAUGUCAAGAGCCAACAGGUGGCUUUGAAGAAGCAGCAACCAGUUAUUUGUCCCUCCAACAAUAGCCAGAGUGGACAAGCUGCUCAACAGCCUUCAAGGAAGAUCCCUGCAAGACCUACAAAGUCUGAAACGCCACCUCUUAUCCUGGAACAUCUUUGCAAGUUGAUUGAUGGAGUCAGCGAUGCCACCGUUCCAGUCAUUUCUACACAACCCAACAACUCUAAUACUACAGAUUUAUGCAAGGCCGCCUCUCCAACAGUGGAAGAACCUUCUGUUGGGUCGACUUCAGUAAGUCAAGGAAAAGCUGCAGUAGAGGCCUCAGGGGCGAGCGGAUGUCCCACCAUGACGGUGCGGAGAGUUGACGUCAAGCCGCAGUUACCUCAGAUGAGGAUGGCCGGUAGACCACAGCUACAGAACCGGCCACCGGUGCAACAGACCAUGCCGCAGGUCCCAAUACAACUUCUGCGCUUGCUUAGACCGUACACACCAUCAAAUCAGCAGCCAAUUGACUUCAAAAGGCUCCGCAAUGUCACACAAACAAAUGGGACCCGAGGAGCUGUUAAAUCACCAAACUGUGCCGUGUCAACCUCACCUUCCUCGAAAUCCCCAACUAGCCCACCUCCACCGCUUCCCAUAAAACCAACCACAGAAGCAUUAUCGUGUCCCUCACCGACCCCGCUUACUCCAAACUCCAUAUCUUCACUAGCCAAGAAUGACUUCCAGUCUCCGCCAUCUCCAGCCAUCACUCAGCACUCCUCAACAAGCUCCAGGAAGCGUCCUUCACUGACACGUUCAAAAUCUGAUGUCAGCGACUGCUUUUCACGGGCUGGAGCAGAGCUUGAGCGCUUCUUUAAUUAUUGCGGCCUGGACCCAUCGGAUUUACAGGAGUUAGCAAGACCGGGUUCUGACAUUGUGUCUGUUUCACGUCUACGUAGUGCCAGCGCCCCGGCAUCCGAGCGUUCGGCUGAGGUUGAAGAUGAGGAAGAAGAAGCAGCAAAAGAUGAACGUCCUGCUUACGGUGUUUCCGUCAUUGAGAGAAAUGCUCGAGUGAUCAAGUGGCUGUAUGGGAUGCGCCAGGCCAAAGAGAGUCCCAAAGUGGCUAAUAUGUAACCGACAACAAGGGACUAACAAACCACCACUAUUCAGACUGCAAUCAAAUACAAAAUGCUUACUUUCCCAUUCAGUAUUUUGUCAAAUAUCCAUAUACUUUAGAGUUGACUAGUUGAAUCUGCGUGCAUGUCAUAUAUGACAGCUUACGCUCGGUGGUCAACUGUGUUCUCAAACAAUAGCUAAGCAUGUGUGGUUGCACUGUUAUGGUGACCACUAAUAAGCUUUCAAACACAAUGUAUUUUUUGCAUUGUUGUCUUUUUCACCAGUGAAAUUAAACAAUGGCAGGAGUUUUGGUGGAGAUGUUUAAAACUGAUGCACGAACAGUUAUUUAUGUCAUCCAAAAAAAUCAUUUGUUUUAAUGCCGAUCUAAGCUUUAAUGCUUGUUUUAAUAUCUUGCAUCUUGUCAUGUGAUGAAAAAAAAAAACAUGUGAAUAUUUUUAUUGAUUGCCGAUGUGUUAAAACUCAUUGGUCCACUAAGUCACCUCAGAUCUUCAUUAUGAGAUUGAAACUUUGACAUGUCGUUAGUAUUUGGUACAUUGAGUCCAAUGGUACACUGUGUUAGUAUGGGUAUGGUUUGUCAUUAAAUGGCAGACCAAAAACCAGUGUUGUACACCAUACACCGUUUUAGCAAACUGAUCUUAAAGAAUGGGAAUAAACAUGACUUUACCCCAGAGCAUUUCUGUUUUGUCAAUGUAUGAAACAGUUUGGUCUGUAACAAGUACAGUUGCUUCAAUUAGGGUUGGGUGAAAACUGGUGUUUCCUCUGGCAUAAAAAUAGCAUUUAAAAGAAUACAGUAUUUGAAGGUCACAAGUUUUUUUUUUUUUUUUUUUUUUUUCUGUUUUCACUUAAUCAUCAUUUCCUGUUAUUAUGGCCAGGAAAACUGUGGGGGAUGUAGUUACUUUUUUAGACCAUGGUUUUAACAUUGCUACUGUACAUUUCCAUCAAAGUUGUGGAAAACCUUGUUUUUUGUGCAAGGGCAAAGUGAUGAAAAUGGAUCUCUUUAAAUCUCCAGUUAAUGGGUUAGACUUUCUCAAAAGAGAAGCUGAGAAGGUUUGGUUCCUGUGGACAUGACUAUAGCUGAAUUGCUUGUAAUAACUUGUAGCAUGACAAACUAAAAAGGAUUCUUCAACCUUGAAUAGAACUAUGUAAUUCUGUGUCCAACCUACUAUAAAUGAAACUGGCCAUUUGCAGUGUUUAAAUG